UCACUCAACGCAUGACGUGAUAUUGAAGCGUCUAAGAUGGAGUCUGCUGUGGUGGCAGAUGGCGUGUCUGCCCCUCUCCCAGGCAGAUGUGCCUAUUUCGUGGAGAAGAAGAAAAGAUACUGUAAAAUGGUUGUUGGAAGUGGCAAAGCAUAUUGUGGCGAGCAUGCCAAUGUCGAUCAAGAAAGCGCCAGGAAGAGAAUACCAUGCCCACUAGACCCCAAACACACAGUCUAUGAAGACAUUCUGGCAAAGCACUUGAAAAAGUGCAACUCAAAGGAGAAACCCAAACCUGUUUAUUAUGUGAAAGACAUUAACGCUGGGCCAGUUACAGUCCCAGUCCCUGUGUCAGAUGAGGUAUCACUGGCUGACCGCUCUCAAAAGGAGAUGGAGCAUCUAAUUCAGAAGCUUAAAAAUGCUGUGAAAGGACUCAGUGUGAAACACAAGGAGAGCAUACUGUCCCACCCUGUUCUCAAAGAACCUUUGAAUGACCCCAAAAAUGGAGACUUUGCCUGCAAACACCUGAAGCAACAGGCUUCUAUUCUGGGGAACAUGGAGGCUCUGAGCCUGCUUGGUUCACACAGGUUUGUGGUGGAGUUUGGUGCGGGGAAGGGGAAGCUGUCCCACUGGAUCCACACGGCCCUGGGAACAGCAGAGGACGUCCACUUCCUGCUGGUGGAGAGAUCCACGACGCGCUUCAAAGUAGAUGGCAAGAACAGAAGUACCGAAUCCACAUUUGAAAGGCUGCAGGUGGAUAUUCAGCACCUUGACUUGAGUAAAGUGUCCCUCCUCCAGGAAAAACACCUGCCUGUGGUGGGGGUGGGCAAACACCUGUGUGGCGCUGCGACAGGUAAAUAAAAUCACGUCCACACGU